UCUCUUUCAAAAGAUUCCAAAACAUUUAGAGGUCCACCAUAACAUCCAAACAAUUCCCACUUUCAAUUUUUAUUCAUAUAUUUCAAUCAUCAUUAUUAUUUUUUUCUCUUUGCCUAAUCAAUCAUCAUAAUCUUGUGCCCAACCUAUGCUAUUUUCCACAGAGAGAGAAAAUUGAUUGCUUUUGCUUUUUCCCAUUUGUUUCUUGAAAGAAAGUCUUUGGUUGUGGAGUUGGAAAAAGAAAAGAAAAGAAAAUCCCAUUAAGUUAAUUUGGCCUUGGAGUUGCUCAUGCUAAACAGUAUCGACAAUUGAUGGGUGGAUUUGAUGAUCAUGUUGCCAUUAUGGGAGAUUGGAUGCCUCCAAGUCCAAGUCCAAGAACGUUUUUCUCUUCACUACUAGGUGAUGAUGUUGGGUCAAGAUCAACUUUUGAGGGCGCCAGAAACUUAGCUUCUGGGACUCAAGAACAUGUUGAGAAUUCUGAUGGAAAUGAUGGAGCACAAGCUGGUGCAACCAGUGAACAAAUGGUGAAGUUGAGUGCGAUAUCUGACCAGAAAAUGAGCUCCUCUCGCGGAGGGCUCUUGGAAAGAUUGGCAGCUAGAGCUGGAUUUAACGCCCCAAAGCUGAAUACAGAGAGCCUUAGACCUGCUGAUCUGUCGCACAAUCAAGGAGUUCGGUCUCCUUGUUUAACUAUUCCUCCUGGUCUUAGUCCAACAAGCCUGCUAGAGUCUCCUGUUUUUCUCUCAAAUUCACUGGUGCAACCAUCCCCAACAACUGGAAAAUUUCCAUUUUCCUCUGGCUUCGAGAGUAGAAACUCGGGAUUGAUGAUGGAGGAUCCAGAUAAGAGAAAAGAGAAUGCUUUAGAGAGUAUCAAUUCAUCGUCCUUUUCUUUCAAGCCGGUUCCAGAGACUGCUCCAUCUCUUUUUCCUGGCACGACCAGCAGAUCUUGGUUGCAGGUGAACCCGUCCAAUUUUUCUCAGCAAGGAUUUUCAAACAUUGAAGUUUCAGUUCAUUCACAGAACUCGCUUCUAUCUCACUCUAUGGAAGCUACACAAAAUCCAACUCAGAAUGGAACAUCUCAUCAACAAUCUGAUUUCGUUAGAUUUUCUGCUGAAAAGGAUGUCAAGGGUAGUACCGUGGAGCAUUCUCCACCUCUUGAUGAACCGCAAGAUGAGGACAUUGAUCAAAGAGGAGGUGGAGAUCCAAAUGUUGUUGGUGGUGCCCCAGCUGAAGAUGGUUAUAAUUGGAGAAAAUACGGGCAGAAACAAGUUAAAGGGAGCGAGUUUCCCCGAAGUUAUUAUAAGUGCACACAUCCAAACUGUCCAGUCAAGAAGAAAGUGGAGCGAUCUCAAGAGGGUCAUAUUACUGAGAUUAUAUACAAGGGAGCCCACAAUCACCCAAAACCGCCACCUAACCGUAGAUCAGCCCUUGGAUCCACAAAUUCACUUGGUGACCUACAGCUAGACAGUGCAGAACAAGGUGGGGCAAACAUCCAGAAAGCCCCUGGUGGUGGAGGUUUUGAUUGGAGGAACAACAAUCUUGAGGCAACAUCAUCAGCAAACUUGGGCUCCGAGUACUGCAACAGAUUCCCUGCUCAAAAUAACAGUCAGUUGGAAUCGGGGGAUGCUGUAGAUGUGUCGUCAACUUUUUCAAAUGAUGAAGAUGAAGAUGAUCGUGGAACUCAUGGCAGUGUAUCACAAGGUUAUGACGGUGAAGGAGAUGAGUCUGAGUCUAAAAGAAGGAAGCUCGAGACUUACUCUACAGAUAUGACUGGUGCGACCAGAGCCAUCAGGGAGCCAAGAGUUGUGGUUCAAACUACAAGUGAAGUGGACAUCCUUGAUGAUGGAUAUCGCUGGCGCAAGUAUGGGCAAAAAGUUGUUAAAGGGAAUCCAAAUCCAAGGAGUUACUACAAGUGCACAAGUGCGGGUUGCAAUGUCAGGAAGCAUGUUGAGAGGGCCUCACAUGACCUGAAGUCGGUGAUUACCACAUAUGAAGGGAAGCACAACCAUGAUGUCCCCGCUGCUCGCAACAGUAGUCAUGUUAAUUCAGGGGUCUCCAACACUCAUCAGACUCCUGUAACUGCCCCGGCCCAGAACCAUUUACAUAGGCCCGAGCCCUCACAACUUCAGAAUGCCAUGGCGCGGUUUGACAGGCAACCUUCUCUGGGCUCAUAUGGUCUUGCGGGUGGGCCCCACCUUGGACCUACCCCGGGAUUUAGCUAUGGGAUGAACCAGCAAGGCCUGUCCGGUCUAGCAAUGGCUGGAUUUCACCCUAAUCUAGGACAGCCGCGACCCAUGCAUGAUAUGGGAUUUAUGUUCCCAAAGGAAGAACCGAAGGUGGAACCUAUGUCGGAUCCUGGAUUGAACCUCUCUAAUGGAUCAUCGGUUUAUCAGCAAUUUGUGAACAGGUUGCCGCUUGGACCUCAGAUGUAAAUUUACAAAUUUUUGCCUUUUCUAAAGAAAAGAAAGUUAAAGAUGUUGAAUUUGGUUUUUAAUGGGCAUAUCCUCUACACAACGUCCUAUAAUUCAAUUUUUUGAACUUAUAUUUCUUUUCUUCUAAUACACCAUAUAAGCAGCCAUUUAUUCGGUGUUUGUGCUUCAA